AGUAAGUAUGAAGCUUUUCCUCUCAUAAACUAAAACUAGUUUUUUUUAACUGUCUUCGUUGUGGCAAAAUCUUUUAACUGGUCAUUUCGUUCGAAUUGCAUAUUUUGCAAUGAAACUGGACAAACUGGCACAUUGCCAAUUAAAUUCCAGAAAUAACAUAUUUGUUACGCGUCUGUAGCAGAAUGUUUAUUAACCUCCGUAUUACGAUCGAUCUUCUAAAAGUGUAACAUUAAAAUGGACCGUCAAAACAUUCAUUCUAGUGUCCAUAGCUCUUUCAGAAGUCGAGAUUCUACUUCUUCCACGAGAAGUGAUCCUCGGGAAAAGAUUAAGGAUUGCCUUCGAAAAUUUAUAGCGUUUAUGUUCACCCAAGUGGGUGUUGGUGCACUUGUUGUAUGCUAUGCAAUACUAGGAGCUGCUGGUUUCAUGCAUAUAGAAAAAGAUAGCCCAGAUGAGCAAUUAGAAAAUGUGAAACAGUGGAGGCAAAGUUGUGUUGAGCAGCUCUGGAAUAUUACCAACAGAUAUAAUGUACUCAAUCAAACACAAUGGAUAUACAACAGCAACCAUGUCCUAAAAAUAUUCCAAAACAAUAUUUCAAAUGCUAUUCAUCAAGGUUACACUGGACGCACACCUGAAGACAUUUGGUCUUUCCCUGCAGCCCUUAUGUACUCCCUAUCUGUUUUUACAAUGAUUGGGUAUGGAAAUGUAGUGCCAAAAACUGCUUGGGGCAAAGUCAGCACAAUAGCAUAUGCCUGUUUUGGAAUACCAAUUUAUAUACUUUAUUUCUGCAAUAUGGGAAAGGUAUUAGCUCAGUCAUUUAAAUGGUUAUACAUCACAGCACAUGAGUGUAGCCGACGAGAAGAUGCAUUGAUUGAGGAUGGAGAAAUGCAACCAAUAAAAAGAAAAGUCACUGUUCCUUCCACAGCAUGCCUGUGGGUUAUAUCAUUUUAUAUACUAUCAGGAACAAUAAUGUUUGGUGCCUGGGAGAAGUGGAACUAUUUAGAUUCAACAUAUUUCUGUGUUAUUAGUCUGUGUAAAAUUGGAUUUGGUGACUUUGUACCUGGUGCAAAUAUUGCAGAUUCUGCUGAAGGGUCACACUUGAAGCUCGUUAUUAACUUCAUAUAUGUUCUUCUUGGCAUGGGGCUUGUUGCGAUGUGCUAUAACUUAAUGUGUGAGGAUGUACAGGUCAAAGUGCGAGAACUACGAGAAGAAUUGAAGAACUGCUUGGAUGAUAUAACUCUGAAGAUAACUGUGUGUAUGAAUGACACUAAGUAUUAUCAUCAGCGUCAAACAAGAAAUGUUAAAUGAG